AUGGCGACCCCCACUAGCACCACCGCCCCGAGCGGCCUCCCGCUUCCCAAGCACGUUGACCCCUCCAAGUUUGGCGGCCGCCAGCGCCUGGACAGCGUCGGGUACAUUUCGUCGCCCUUCCCGGCCAAGGCCACUCAGCAGGCGCAGGUUGCCCAGAUUCUCACCGAGUCUGGCUUCAUGCCCGCUGAGCUCGUCAGCGGCGAGGUCGACUGGUUCUACAACUCGCUCGGCAUUGACAACGCCUACUUCUCGUCCGAGUCGCCUUCUGUCGUUGCCGACUCGAUUCUCGCCCUCUUCAGUGCCAAGCUCCUUGCCUACACCAAGCACGACCCCACCCAGCUUAAGAUCGACCUUGAGAAGAUCACCACCGAGGAGGAGUGCAAGGCCGGUACCCGUGAGGGCGCCGUCUUCAUCCACUCGUCGGCUGCCGGCGUCUCGGCCAAGGACGGCCCCGGUGCCACCGUCGAGAAGCGCAUCGAUGACCAGUUCCUCGACAAGGCCUCCAAGGACAAGUCGUUCCGCCUCGAGUCGUACCGCUCGGCCGGCUCGAUCUCGGCCAGCGUCUCGCAGCAGCUCCGCACCUACUUCGUCUCGCGCUGCGAGUUCCCCGCCGGCGGCGAGGUCAAGACCGCGGCCGGAACCACCGAGAUCAAGUCGGUCUCAGACAAGGUCUUCCUCGAGAAGGCUACCCCCACCACGAUCGACAUUUACCAGAGCAUCAUGGACGAGGUUUCGAAGCGCUCGGGCCCCGUCAUUGAGAGCUUCCAGCUCGAGGACACUCGCGAGUACCGCAUCAUCAUCGGCUACAAGCAGGGCGGCACCCGUCGCUACUUCUCGGCCCUCUCGGACCUGUACCACUUCUACGGUCUCUACAGCACCCGCAAGUUUGUCGAGCAGUUCGCCAACGGCGUGACCAUCAUCUCGCUCUACCUCGGCCCCAUCCCCAACACCCAGGCUCCUCCUAUCGAGCACUCGAUCCAGCAGGUCGUCCGCGAGGCUUCGCUCCUCUACUGCCUGCCCGACAACCCGUUCUUCUCGGUUGCCGAGGGCGAGUCUCCCCACGCCGUGCAGGAGGCCACCUACGCCUACGUCUGCUGGAUCUUCACCCAGCACUUCUGCAACCGCCUCGGCCCUGCCUACGCAGCGCUCAAGGACGUUCUUGACGACAACAACCCGGACCACGAGGAUGUUCUCGCCAAGAUCAAGACGCGCUUCCGUGAGGAGACGUUCACUCGCGAGAGCAUCCGCGAUGUCAUCAUGACUCACCCCGAGCUCAUGCGCCUCCUCUACAUCAACUUCGCCAUGGUCCACUACCCCGCGGCCGACGAGGCGUCGCAGCUCACCCCGACCCUCUCGUACCAGCGCAUCAAGACGGUCGAGCCCCUCUCGGACGAGGACCUCUACCACAAGAUCAAGCGCGAGGCUACCAACAGCCGCGCCGCCCAGGUCCUCGAGGCGUGCCUCAUCUUCAACAAGCACGUCCUCAAGUGCAACUUCUACCAAAACACCAAGGUCGCGCUCUCCUUCCGCCUCGACCCCUCGUUCCUCCCGGACAUUGAGUACCCCAAGCCUCCCUUCGGCAUCUUCCUCAUUGUCGGCUCCGACUUCCGCGGCUUCCACGUCCGCUUCCGCGACGUUGCUCGUGGCGGUAUCCGUCUCGUCCGCUCGCGCAACCAGGAGAACUGGGCUGCCAACAUCCGCAACCUUUUCGACGAGAACUACAACCUUGCCUACACCCAGACCCUCAAGAACAAGGACAUUCCUGAGGGCGGCUCCAAGGGUACCAUCCUUCCCUCGCUCGGUGCCGACUACGAGGUCUGCUUCGAGAAGUACAUCGACUCGCUCAUUGACCUCCUCAUCCCCGGCCAGAGCCCCGGCAUCAAGGGCCCAAUCGUCGACAUCUCGGGCCGUGACUCACCCGAGGUUCUCUUCCUCGGCCCUGACGAGGGUACCGCCGAGAUGAUGGACUGGGCUGCCCUUCACGCCAAGAAGCGUGGUGCUCCUUGGUGGCGCGGCUUCACCACCGGCAAGAGCAACCUUCUCGGUGGUGUGCCCCACGACCGCUACGGCAUGACCUCGCUCUCGGUCCGCCAGUACGUCCUCGGCGUGCUCAAGACCUACUGCGCCAACGUCAAGGAAGUCACCAAGCUCCAGUCUGGUGGGCCCGACGGUGACCUGGGCUCGAACGAGAUUCUCCUUGCCAGCGAGAAGGAGAAGACGGUCGGUAUCAUCGACGGCUCGGGUGUCAUCUACGACCCCAAGGGCCUGGACCGCGCCGAGCUCGUCCGCCUUGCUCGUGCCCGCAAGAUGAUCAUCCACUUCGACGCCGCGAAGCUCAGCCCUGAGGGCUACAAGGUCCUCGUCGACGAGACCAACAUCAAGCUCCCGUCGGGCGAGAUCAUUGACAGCGGUCUUGAGCUCCGCAACACCUUCCACCUUCGCGUCAAGUGCGACCUGUUCGUGCCCUGCGGUGGUCGCCCCGAGGCCGUCAACAUCACGAACGUCAACCGACUUGUUGACGCCGAGGGCAAGCCCAACUUCAAGUACAUUGUUGAGGGCGCCAACCUCUUCUUCUCGCAGCAGGCCCGCUUCUACAUGGAGAAGAAGGGCGUGGUGCAGUUCAAGGACUCGUCGACCAACAAGGGUGGUGUCACCUCGUCGUCGCUCGAGGUCCUCACUGGUAUCGCCCUCAACGACGAGGAGUACGCUGAGAACAUGAGCUACACCGACAAGCCCUCGCCCUUCUACCAGACCUACGUCAAGGAGGUCCAGCAGAAGAUCUGCGAGAACGCCGCCGCCGAGUUCAACUGCAUUCAGAAGACCUGGAACGCCAACAAGGGUGCCAAGAGCCGCACCGCCAUCUCGGACGAGCUCUCCACCACCCUCAACAAGCUCCAGGACUCGCUCGAGAACUCGGACCUGUACGACAACGAGGUUGCCCGCCGCAAUGUCCUCAAGCGCGCAUUCCCCCAGACUCUCCAGGACAAGCUCGGUGGCAUUGACAACAUGAUGGCUCGCCUCGAGCCCGCGUACCUCAAGGCCGCUUGGUCUGCGUACGUCUCGUCGCACUUUGUCUACGAGAGCGGCCUCGACGACGCCGGAAACGUCGCCUUCUUCAAGUUCUUCACCAAGUUCGGGUCGGAGUAA